AUGAUGUGUUUAAGAAAAUUUCUAAUAAUUAACUAUGCUAUAAUAAUAACUUAAUGUCAAUUUGCAAGUAUAAUAUAUCUAAUGUAGUUAAUGAGAAAAAUCAAUGUUUAUAAGAUCAAUUUUUAGAGAAGAAACAAAAUUGUUCGAAUUUAACAGAAUUAGAAAAAGGUGUUUUAUCUUUUAUGAUGAUGAAUUGUCAUUAUUAGAGAUCUGGAAGAAAGACUAUUGAUUGUAAUUAUGAAUUGAAUGAUUUACAAUAUUGUACAAAACAAUUGGAUUCAAAUUAUUGGUAAUAUUUAUAAAAUAUAAAUUUUAAGGAAUAUAUUUACUUAAUUUUAUAUUCUAAUUUAACAUUUCUGUUAAAUUUAAAUAUUGCGUUAUUUAUAAAAUAAUGUAGAAUCUAAAUUAUCUUUAAUUUCAAUAGAAUAGUAAUUUCUUAAUACAAAUUUGUAAUAUUUUGACAUUUAAUUUAGAAAAUAAUAGUCAUCAAUAUUUUCUGAAAUCCUUGCUACAUAAAAUGAAAUAUAAAAUUAGACUUAAGUAUUUCUUUAAUAUGUUGCUUCAUAAUAUAUGAAUUUUAAUAAUUANAGAAUUAGUAUAUGUUUGAUUAGAAUUCAUUUAAAACGUUACAAUUCAUAAAAAGUUAAAAGUAAGUCAGCGAAGAAAAAAUUGAAACAUCUUGUUAAUCAUACCAAUCAUUAGUUAAUCGAACAUUAAAAUCAGUACUAUCUCAGCGUUUCGAUAAAGCCACAAAUGUUUCUAAAAAAUCCUCACCAAGAACUAUUUUUUAAAAAGAUCGUUCUUGUACUGUUCGAACUAGGACAAUUACUUUAACAAAGAGAAAAACUAUGA